AUGCUCACAGUCGCGUUUCAAACCGCGUUCUCAAGACCGUGGCACCUUGCCCGACCUCUCUGCAUCUCCCAGCGCUGCGCGCUCUCCAGAACACCCACCUUCCGCUCCUCCAACGCCAACAAGCAGACAACAGACAUUUCCUUCCCCGACCCGCAACGAUCCGACCUCUUCUACCAUUUCGUACACCCUCCAACGCCCUUAUCUGCGUCCUUACCUGCGUUUGCUCUUUCCUUCUUGCCCAAGACACCGCCGACACCAGAGAGCAGCACAGUUAUUGGGUGGCUGCCGGCCCAGACGUAUGUUACCGAUACCCCAGACACACCGGUGGCGAAGAGGACGGGAGCAGGGUUGAAUGAUUUUAGAGAAAAUCCGAUGUUCUUACCCGUUCUGCAUGAGAGCAACAAAGCUGCCCUACGGGACGACGUGGAUGAGAUAUGGAUAAAUGGCGCAAAACAGAUUCAGCAAGGGUGGAUGCAUAUCCAUGGUAUAAAGAACUUGUGGUCUCGUCGCACCACAAGGAAGCUUAUGUCCCUCAUAGAUCAGCGAAAUAUCCCUGCACUAGGCCGCAUAGGUGACCCAGAUGACAUCAUCGCAACCGUUCUCGUAGAAAACAGCACAAUCCUGCCAGAAACAUACCAACCCAUGCCAUCAUACCGCAUAUGCACCUCUGAUGGCGUCCUCCAGUUAACGCCAGGCCUUGCAGACCACCUCCGCCGCGCCCUGGUGCGGAUUGCAAAGAUGGAAGAUGAGAGCGUGGAUCCUUGA